GAAUUUUCCUUUCAGUUUUCUUUUAAAACUAACACUUUUUAACUAAGCUAAUAAUAUGUUACCUCCUGGUGUUAUCUUGGUUUUCGUCUUGGUCUUCUUGGCCUUUUGUGCUGUUGUUGGCCAAAAAAUCCAACCAAAGAUUCUAAGUGUUUUCCAGUCAGGGAAAGCAUUUAGACAUUGUUGUUCUAAUCAUUGUUAUUUGAGUACUGUGAGUUGAGUUAUUGUUAAGGUUGCGAGAGGUUUACCCAAGUGGGUGGAAAUUGAAUUGGACUGUGUUUUUUGUUGAAUUAUUAUUGGUUUUUAAGUUGGCUUCUUCUAGCGUACAAGAUGUUUGUGUGGGUUGGUGAUGGAGCAAUGAGUGUGAAGUGGUGUGGUUUUGGUGUGCCUUAAGUGAGUGUUUUUAAAGUUUCUGUUGUUGGAAGAGCUAAUUACCCAAAAUUGGCCCCCUGCGAUAACUGGAAUCCGCUACCAAAAACCAUCUGCGUUCGACUCAUUGAAUUAUUCUCACCCUGAAUGUUGUUUGUGUGUUGCAAGAUUGUCAAUUUAUUACCAAAAAAACAUUUAUCCAAUUGAGUUUCUGUCUGUUUGUGUCCUUAAGUGAACUUGUAAGCCCCGUGGCCGUUAUACCUCCUUUCUAAUGAUUAAUUUGUCUCAGCUCCAAGACUUGCAACUAAUGAUUUACAGCAGUGUUUAGAAUCUUUUUUGGUUUCAAUUCAAUUUUUUAAAGUGCUACUAAUUAUCUAAUACGUUGUGUUUUGUUUUAUAAAAUAUGGGAAUUUUGUUUUUGUAUUAUGGGAAUCUAAUAUAUAAUAUACCUAAAGUGCUAUAGCCGUGUAGAAGACUUUGUGGGAUGAAUUUCUACCACUAGAAAGAGUAUCGGAAUUAUUGGCAGAGUCAGAGUCGCUGGUGGGUUUGGCGGAGUUCUCAUUGGCGGAGAAAUGCGUCAGUGCGGACCCGCGCACGACCACCUCUAAUCACUUGGGUCCUUCAAGUCUUCAUCAUAUUCCUUCAAAAAAAACGAUUGGAUCAUGGCCACCCC